AUAUUGUUCUAUGAAAAAACAUUGAACUACUGUUAUUCAUGCUUAACAGUAAAUGUCUCAGGAAAUCUAACAUAAGAAGAUUGACUUCAAAAAUGACCUGGAUGCAACCACAAUGGCUUUGUCAUACUACAUUCAUAGGGGUUCUUGUCCUGUCACAACUGGUGCUGUGUAUCUUUGUUUUGACAGAACACAUGGGCACAAAAAAAUCUAAUACAGAAUAUACUACAGUAGAGAACAAUGUAAAAAACAGUCAUCUUUAUCCUUCUGACAAUAGAAGUCUGAAUGGAACACACCUGAAUGAUGGUCAGAAAAUGGAACAGCUGCAACCACAAUAUCGCACCAAGGAUGAUAAUCUUUUGAGAAGAGUCCACACAUUAGAAGUUAAUAUAAAAUCCCUGACAAAGGCAGUUUCCAUCCAAGGAGAAGACAUAAAAGCUCUAAUAGCUCACCAAAAAACUGAUGGAAUAAAGUACGAGAAAGCACUGGAACGACAGUUCAACAAUAUGACCACGGCACUAAACAGCCUUCAAAAUCGCCUGGAGGAGGGUUUGGAGCUAAGCUUCUCUCACAUAUCACAGCUCAGGGAUGAUGUCUACUUCAUUGAAAAUUCUUUAAACCGAACAAAGCAAGAGCGUUUGGGAGAAAAUGAGACAGCCAUGAGAUCUAAUAAGAUGAGAAGCACAGUCCAAACAGUAACCGAGCCUCAAACUCAUGCACCACCAGCAACACUUGUCUCAAAUGCCGAAGUGCCGGAUAGUCCACUGACUGAAAAUAUCCAGAUUAUACCAAGCACAGCUCCAGCUGUUUCACAAGAAAAUAAAGAACCCAGAGAACAGCAUCGUGUACCCACAUCUUUCCUAAAAACCAGAGCAGACUUUCAGGUAUUUUUUUAUGGAGCCGACAAGGAUGCAGACGGAUAUCUAACCUAUGAAGAAAUUAAGAAUGUUCUUGGAGAUGAGUCUCCAAGUGAGGAGCUGCUAUUACAUUUUGACACUGACCAAGAUACACUUUAUUCUUACACUGAACUCAAGAGAACAUUUUUGCUGAAAGAUUAGCAGCAUUGUCGGGACUGGGGAUGGCAGAAUAAAGAGAAGAAAACAGACCAUUGGGAAGCAGUUUAACAAGAUAUACAGCCCAGUCAUCAAAAAUAUUGCGCAUAAACAAAUGGUUUAUUUUUAUCACUGCAUGUACACAGGCAAAACACAUUGUUCUGUUCUAAACUUCAGAAGAAAGUUAAUUUUCACUUUAAUUGUUUUGAGUUUUACAAUGUAAAAUAGACAUUAGGUCAUUUAAGUUGGCAUUUUUUGUAGAAUGUGAUUACAAGUAAUGCUUAUACUGUAUUACAAGUAAUGCUUAUAUUACAAGUAAUGUUUAUACAUUAGGACAGUCAGGUUGGCAUUUUUUGUUGAAUGUGAUUACAAGUAAUGCUUAUAUAAUUAAAAUGUGAUGUUUUUGGUAUUUUAUUCAUGUACUGCUUUUUGUAUUGUAAUAAUGUUAGACAUGAAGUGCAGAAUGGUCAGCACAAAUUCAUAUGGAAAUUUAACAUAAAUUUCAAUAUUUGUCUAAACUGAAGCAUAGACAUAGACGAAGUCCAGUAAUUGAGGGUGGGCUAGCACCCCUCUGUGCUAUCUCCUUUCUUAUCUGACACAGAGGAGUCCCAUCAGAAAAGAGAGAGCACAGAGAAGUACUAUAAGACAGGAGAGAGCACAAAGGAGUGCUAUCAGACAGAAGAAAUAACAGAGGAGUUCUAUCAGACAGGAGAGAGCACAGAGGAGUACUAUCAGACAGGAGAGAGUACAGAGGAGUCCUAUCAGACAGGUGAGAGCACCGAGGAGUCCUAUCAGACAGGAGAGAGCACAGAGGAGUCCUAUCAGACAGGAGAGAGCACAGAGGAGUCCUAUCAGACAGGAGAGAGCACAAACGAAUACUAUCAGACAAGAGAGAGCACAGAUGAGUCCUAUCAGACAGGAGAGAGCACAGAGGAGUGCUAUCAGACAGGAGAGAGCACAGAGGAGUCCUAUCAGACAGUAGAGAGCACAGAGGUAUUCUAUCAGACAGGCGAGAGCACAGAGAAGUCCUAUCAGACAGUAGAGAGCACAGAGGAAUUCUAUAGGACAGGCGAGAGCACAUAGGAGUACUAUCAGACAGGAGAGAGCACAGAGGAGUCCUAUCAGACAGGAGAGAACACAAAGGAGUACUAUCAGACAGGAGAGAGCACAGAGGAGUCCUGUCAGACAGGAGAGAGAGCACAAAGGAGUUCUAUCAGACAGGAGAGAGCACAGAGGAGUACUAUCAGACAGGAGAGAGUACAGAGGAGUCCUAUCAGACAGGUGAGAGCACCGAGGAGUCCUAUCAGACAGGAGAGAGCACAGAGGAGUCCUAUCAGACAGGAGAGAGCACAAACGAAUACUAUCAGACAAGAGAGAGCACAGAUGAGUCCUAUCAGACAGCAGAGAGCACAGAGGAGUGCUAUCAGACAGGAGAGAGCACAGAGGAGUCCUAUCAGACAGUAGAGAGCACAAACGAAUACUAUCAGACAAGAGAGAGCACAGAUGAGUCCUAUCAGACAGGAGAGAGCACAGAGGAGUGCUAUCAGACAGGAGAGAGCACAGAGGAGUCCUAUCAGACAGUAGAGAGCACAGAGGUAUUCUAUCAGACAGGCGAGAGCACAGAGGAGUCCUAUCAGACAGUAGAGAGCACAGAGGAAUUCUAUCAGACAGGCGAGAGCACAUAGGAGUACUAUCAGACAGGAGAGAGCACAGAGGAGUCCUAUCAGACAGGAGAGAGCACAAAGGAGUACUAUCAGACAGGAGAGAGCACAGAGGAGUCCUGUCAGACAGGAGAGAGAGCACAAAGGAGUUCUAUCAGACAGGUGAGAGCACAGAGGAGUACUAUCAGACAGGAGAGAGUACAGAGGAGUCCUAUCAGACAGGUGAGAGCACCGAGGAGUCCUAUCAGACAGGAGAGAGCACAGAGGAGUCCUAUCAGACAGGAGAGAGCACAGAGGAGUCCUAUCAGACAGGAGAGAGCACAAACGAAUACUAUCAGACAAGAGAGAGCACAGAUGAGUCCUAUCAGAAAGGAGAGAGCACAGAGGAGUGCUAUCAGACAGGAGAGAGCACAGAGGAGUCCUAUCAGACAGUAGAGAGCACAGAGGUAUUCUAUCAGACAGGCGAGAGCACAGAGGAGUCCUAUCAGACAGUAGAGAGCACAGAGGAAUUCUAUCAGACAGGCGAGAGCACACAGGAGUACUAUCAGACAGGAGAGAGCACAGAGGAGUCCUAUCAGACAGGAGAGAGCACAAAGGAGUACUAUCAGACAGGAGAGAGCACAGAGGAGUCCUAUCAGACAGGAAAGAGCACAGAGGAGUGCUAUCAGACAGGAGAGAGCACAGAGGAGUGCUAUCAGACAGGAGAGAGCACAGAGGAGUCCUAUCAGAAAGUAGAGAGCAUAGAGGAAUCCUAUCAGACAGGAGAAAGCACAUAGGAAUACUAUCAGACAGAAUAGAGCACAGAGGAGUACUAUUAGACAGGAGAGAGCACAGAGGAGUGCUAUUAGACAGGAGAGAGCACAGAGGAGUACUAUCAGACAGGAGAGAUCACAGAGGAGUCCUGUCAGACAGGAGAGAGAGCACAAAGGAGUCCUAUCAGACAGGAGAGAGCACAGAGGAGUGCUAUCAGACAGGAGAGAGCACAUAGGAGUACUAUCUGACAGGAGAGCACAAAGGAGUACUAUCAGACAGGAGAGCACAGAGGAGUGCUAUCAGACAGGAGAGAGAGAGCACAGAGGAGUACUAUCAGACAGGAUAGAGCACAGGGGAGUGCUAUCAGACAGGAGAGAGCACAGAGUAGUGCUAUCAGACAGGAUAGAGCACAGGGGAGUGCUAUCAGGCAGGAGAGAGCACAGAGGAGUACUAUCAGACAGGAGAGAGCACAGAGGAGUCCCAUCAGACAGGAGAGAGCACAGAGGAGUACUAUCAGACAGGAGAGAGCACAGAGGAG